GAAUCUGCCGUUUUCAGACCUCCGGACGUAGCGAUGUGCGCACAGACCACCUACUCGCAAAGCUAUUUACAAAACGAUGAACCUUGCAUGGAGAAACCCAUCAAGCCAAUCGGUAACCCUUUGUUCCCUCACGGCGGCGAAUUCGCCGCGAGAACAAUAUACAAGGAGAGCUACCACAUACAACCGAGUAGCAUCGAUCGGGUGGAACCGUUCCUUCCUUGCCACAGUAUCUCGAGACUGGAUGGCAAAAUAUCGGGGGACACGACCAAUAAAGUAUACGCUCUCGCUUCACAAACUUGUGUUGUCCUAUUAUAAUUACUUCCGCGCCUCGUUUAUUAUACCACAGCUCAGCUACCAGAAGAUUCAAACCGACGAACGUGCAACGCCCAUAUUGCCCCGGAGCAGGAACAUGAUGGGCGACGGUCCGAUGCAGUCGGAGACUACAAGUCGCUGCGAUUUUGCCCCGAAAUCGUCGGCGACACGACCCGAUCCUAUUAUUCCGAGCAGCAAUCUUAAAAGUGCAGACACACCUAUGGACGAUACAACUACCGCGAGAUUAUCGUACGCAGUGCCAGGACCGAUGGACUGUGUCCAAAGUUACAAGCCGGUCGUUCAUUAUGCCAAAUCACCGUACAAAAUCGAUUGCGAAACCGUGAGCAAACUUUCGUAUCAGACGUGGACACCGCCACCAAAAGAAGAACUUACGUGGGCGGUCAAGAGGAAGUAUGAACCACCGAAGGAUCCCAUGUGCGCCGACACUAUCUAUCAAGCCAGUUAUCCAGCUCCCGGCCACUACGAGCAAUUAUGCGAGGAGCAACAAGACUGUGAUUGCUUGGACGUGAAAGAGACAUGUCCGUCCGCGCAAACCGAACCAUGCGAAAAUUCGAACGAUUCCCAUCGUUGAACGAGACUUUGCUCGCUCAACGAACGAAGUGUUGCGGUGACUCUGCAAGCGACGCUCCAUAAAAGAGAGAGAUCAAAUUACAUUGUAAAGAAACUUUCAAAGUCGAGCUAAAUGAUAUUUUAUUACGGCACGUUGGUGAUAGACGAACGUAUUUCUUAUAGCGAUUUUAGUCUCUUAUAGCGAUUGCAGUAUACAGGAUGACGAAUAAUAAAUGUUUUAUCUUUUACAAACAGUAAAAUUGUUCUCGAUAAUAAAAUAAACUCUAAUCUUUGAUAAAAAGAUCAAUAGACAAUAUUAACGUACUACGCUCUUUUUAGGUCUAGCUUAUUACGUACAUACAUACAUACAUACAUACAUACAUACAUAGUUAUGUACCGUAUAUUCUAAAAUGUGUACUAACUUUAAGGUAAAUAUAAUGGGAUAACGAUGCGGGUAAUCCUACUGAAGAGGUAA